AUAAGAGGGGCGGGAGCACGCGCGCCUUUACGCAGCAUAUUUUAUCGCCUAAAUAUUAGCUUUCAUGUUUAAAGGUUAAGUGUGUGCGCGUGAGCGGAUAUUUGGGGUUGAGCUUGUCCGCCUCGAGCCCUGAUGUGUUGCAAAGAGACGGAGGCGCGCCUUUGAGAAGGCGAUGGCGGACGGAGCGCGCGGCACGGAAGUCUCGCGCGCCUUGAAGCGACGAUGACGGCAGCGCGGAGCACGAGCGAACGCGGCGGAAGAGGAGCAGGAGACGGAGAUGGAGAGGGGAGCGCGAGAGCGUCCCAAGAGCAGGCCGGCGCCGCGCACCUUAGCCUCGGCGUGCUGGAGUCGGUUGCCACCGUGGGUACAGGCACUUUUGGCCGCGUCGUGCUGGUCCAGGAUCGUAAAACCAAGGGCUAUUUUGCUUUAAAAUCCAUGAAAAUUGUGGAUUUAAUCCGACUGAAACAGCAACAACAUGUUCACAAUGAGAAAGAAGUCCUAAUGGAGGUCAAUCACCCUUUUAUCGUCAAACUGUUUUGGACAUGGCAUGAUGAUCGCUGUCUCUUCAUGCUGAUGGAGUUCGUGCCUGGAGGCGAGCUCUUCAGCUACCUGCGCAGUCGCGGGAAGUUCAGUAAUGACACGGGCCUGUUCUUUGCAGCAGAAAUUGUUUGUGCUUUGGAGUACCUUCACUCGAAAGACAUCGUCUACAGGGAUCUGAAACCAGAGAACAUCCUGCUGGACCGCGAAGGUCAUGUCAAACUCACCGACUUUGGAUUCGCCAAGAAGGUUGUAGACAGGACGUGUACGUUAUGUGGAACUCCAGAGUAUCUGGCACCUGAGAUUAUCCAGGGUAAAGGUCAUGGGCUGGCAGUGGACUGGUGGGCCCUGGGCAUACUAAUUUUUGAAAUGCUGUCUGGGUAUCCACCAUUUUUUGAUGACAAUCCCUUCGGUAUUUAUCAGAAGGUUCUCUCUGCCAAGCUGAACAUCCCACGCCAGCUGGACUUCUACGUACAUAUAAUUUUGGAGACAGACUGUCAGGAGACAGUGACAGUGCCGGAUAAUGUUCACUACAGUACUGUUGGCAGUAUUGCUAGGUUAAGAGACCUCAUCAAGAAACUCCUUGUGGUUGAUAAAACAAAGAGACUCGGCAAUUUGAGAGGCGGAGCGGAGGACGUGAAGAGCCACAAAUGGUUUCGAUCCGUAGACUGGGAAGUUGUUCCUCAGAGAAAACUAAAGCCAAUCAUCAUUCCCGAAGUCGCGCACGAGGGAGACCCGUCGAAUUUCGAAGCUUAUCCUGAAGAAAAGCGCAAAAAAGAACCUGCCAUUUCCCCAAAGGACCUGGAAAUUUUUAAGAACUUUUGAAUACAACCACAGCUAUUGAUACUUAUUUAUGUGUCUUUUGCUUCUUUUCACUAAGGGCAUGUGCUGAUAGUCAACGGUACGAUAUGUCUCACGGUGGUAAACAUGAGCACACUAAUGUUACUGCAGAUUACUCAUGGAGUUGUCCUGUAUUUGUGGAAGACACGGACACCGUAGGCAGGCACUCUGGAUGGCUUUUGAGCUCCUGAGAUAAACUUUGUCUCAUUCAAAAUGUGGAGUUCCAGGAGAGUUUGGAUUACACUAUGGUCACUCUUUAUAAAUAUAACGUUUGAUCAUGGAGAUGAACUCCAUGUCUCACAGCUAAUGUUUUCAUUUCUGUCGUCAAGAAUAGUUCUGUCUUGUUAUUUCAACUUAAUAACUUUUCAAGUUAUUAUCUUAUGCCAGUUUUUCUCAAUUUCAUCGUCUCAUUAUUUCGACGUGAUAUGUAGCACUGGGGGGAAACCCUCCUCAAAUAAAGAGUUAGUAAAUAGAAAUAACACAAGGCAAAAUAGCAAGUUAGUAAUUCUUAUUUAUUUAUUUAUACAUACAUCUAUCUUACGGGUAACGACUUCUAUAAUAUGCAUGUCGGUAGGUUGCCAGGAUUCGUUGUCAUGGUUACAGUUUGACAGCUGACGUAACAGCAUAGUCAGGUCUCCGUACUGGUGAGUUGUUUCUUUACAGCUCUGUUUUGAGAAAGAUGUGCAGGUAAACAUGCAGCGAUUUUCACAAGAUCACAUGAUAACCAGCUCGCAAAUUGCUUAUGGUUUAAUGAGUUAAAUGUUGGACAACAAAAAGGAAAUAUGUAGCAGCUUUUCAGAAGUAUAUUAAAAUGAAAUCUCAUAAAAUGAUGGCGAGAUGAAAACUACACUUCAGCACACAUCGAGUUCCACUCGGUCUUGUUCUAUUGUCAUGUCUAGCCUUGUAACGUAGCUAUAAUCUAUGCACUUUGGUAGAUGUUUUGUUUGUUCUGCAAAUGCUCAUAACCUUUAUUGCAAGUUAUUCCAAAUGUACGCGUCUGUUCUCUGGGAAUUAUUAUGCAACUUAUGUUUAUGAUCUAUGCAGAUCCAUUUGUUUAACCUGAUACAAUUUGACCUGUCUGAACGUGAUCGUCUCUCAAGCUGUAAGUGUAUGAUGCUAAUAGAACUAACAUUAUAGCUACUCUUUGUUUGUUUGAUGUUAUGAGAU